GGCAGAGGGCUCCGGUGUGGGGGUCCCCCCCCCCGCAUGGGGCCGGGGGAAGCGUCUCUCUGCCCCACCCCCGGGCCGGCCUUCUGUGUCAGCUCCGAGCUUGUCUCGUGCACGGGCAGAAGCUGGUCCACUAAAAGCUGUUUCCUCUCCCGCCGUGUCUUUGCCUGUGGGUUGUCCCGGGGGCAACGGGGGGAGGCUGGCCGGUCUGGGGAAGUUGCCUGCCACUGACCCAGCAGGGGCGGGAGAUGCUGCAUCUUUCCCUGUGUCGCUGCUCUGCCCUGGCCUGGCACUAGGGAGCAUUGCUGGAGCUGUGUCGAUACACACCGUUAAAAAAUAUCGGUAUUAACUUGACAGAUCCUAUGUUCAGAGGCAUUUACAGAGGUACACGGAAACAUCAAGAUGACUUUUUGGAUGUACUAGAGAGAGCAGUCAAAACUGGUGUUAAAAAGUUUAUGAUUACAGGUGGAAAUCUACAAGAUAGUAAAGAGGCAUUGCAGCUGGCACAGACAAACGACAUGUUUUACAGUACGGUUGGCUGUCAUCCCACCCGCUGUGGAGAAUUUGAGCAGAAUGACCCUGACCAAUAUUUAGCUGAAUUGCAAAAUCUAGUUGAAAAAAAUAAGGGGAAGAUCAGAGCAAUUGGGGAAUGUGGCCUGGAUUUUGAUAGAUUAGAAUUUUGCCCUAAAGACACCCAACUCAAAUACUUUGAAAAGCAAUUUGACCUGUCGGAGCAAACAAAAUUGCCAAUGUUUCUCCACUGUAGAAAUGCACACACUGAAUUUUUAGAGAUAAUGAGAAGGAAUAGAGAUAGAUGUGUGGGAGGAGUGGUACAUUCAUUUGAUGGCACAAAGGAAGAAGCAGCUGCUAUAAUAGAUUUGGAUCUCUAUAUAGGAAUAAAUGGUUGCUCACUGAAAACAGAAGCCAACUUAGAAACACUGAAGUCAAUUCCUAGUGAAAGAUUAAUGAUAGAAACUGAUGCUCCCUGGUGUGGUGUGAAAAAUACUCAUGCUGGGUCAAAGUGUAUAAAAACAACAUUUCCCACAAAAAAGAAAUGGGAAGUAGACCAUUGCUUGAAGGACAGAAAUGAACCUUGCCAUAUAAUUCAAGUACUGGAAAUAAUGACGACAGUAAGAGAGGAAGACCCACUUGAACUGGCCAACACUCUUUACAACAAUACUAUUAAAGUUUUCUUUUCAGAUAUGUAAUGCUAUGUUUCUUACCUUUAUUUUGUAUAAAAGUAUGCAAAGCCUGUUAACCUUACUAUAAAACUUAAUAAAAAAACACUCCUGCAACAAAACAAAAAAGUACUAUUAUAUUUUGAGGUAUGACAAGAUUAAACCUGUCUUUGUAAACCUCAAAUACUGAACAUCUAAAGCAGGGGUUCUUGCAACAAAUUUUUUCAUGGCCUCAGAGUGCAGCCACCAACUUUCUGGCGGCCACUCUGACCAUUUUUCCUAAAAUACUUAACUUUAGGAAAAACAAAUAUGGACAUAUACAUGUCAAUCACUGUAAUUUAUUUAUGUAGGGUUUUUUUGCACUCAAUAAAAAAAUAUACAGUU